UGGCGGCGGGGGGACACGUGAGGGAGGAGGGGGCGGCGGCGGCGGCGGCAGGAGUUUCCCCGACAGCUGGAGGUUGCGGCGGUGGCUCCUCCUCCGCGGGUCCCCGUUAGAGGCGAGAGACCCCCGCGCUCCUCCUUAUUGACAAAUACACAAAGGGCCGCGCCGGGGCCGGGCCGGGGACGCGUCUGGAGGCGGCAUGGGAGACAAGAAGAGCCCGACCAGGCCGAAGCGGCAGCCGAAACCCUCCUCGGACGAGGGCUACUGGGACUGCAGCGUCUGCACCUUCCGCAACAGCGCCGAGGCCUUCAAGUGCAUGAUGUGCGACGUGAGGAAGGGCACCUCCACACGGAAACCUCGACCCGUCUCUCAGCUGGUUGCACAGCAGGUUCCUCAGCAAUUCGUGCCCCCUACACAGUCAAAGAAAGAGAAAAAAGACAAAGUAGAAAAGGACAAAAGUGAAAAGGAAACAACUAGCAAAAAGAACAGUCAUAAGAAAACCAGGCCACGAUUGAAAAAUGUGGAUCGAAGUAGUGCUCAGCAUUUGGAAGUUACCGUUGGAGAUCUGACGGUCAUAAUUACAGACUUUAAGGAGAAGACUAAGUCACCACCUGCUUCCAGUGCUGCGUCUGCAGAUCAACACAGUCAGAGCGGCUCUAGCUCUGAUAACACAGAGAGGGGAAUGUCCAGGUCAUCUUCACCCAGAGGAGAAGCGUCGUCACUGAACGGGGAAUCUCAUUAAAGUUUAUUUCCUCCAGUUUCUUUAGUCUCUUCUCUUUACAACAUGCAAAUACGUAACUUCUGCCACCUGUUGCCACAUUUUCAUGACAGAUUAUCCAUGCACAAUUGGUAUGUUUACUGAAACAUAAUUUAUGCAGUUUAGAAAGAAGAAGAAAAUUGCAGUGGUAGAAAUAAUUUAAAUGCAAUCUAAAAAUGCUUACGAAGCAUUUUCAGACCAACUGUUUAAUCUUUGUGUGUAAAGGUGCCAUGAAAAUGUGGUUUGAAUGUUCAUACACAGUGUUACUGGUAAGUCCAUCUUCACUUUUAGUUUAGUGAAUUCUAACAACUCUUGGAGUCUCUACUAUUGGCAUGUACUGAAUUUAAAUUUUUAUAACAUAGUUCAAGCUGCCUAAAUAUGUAUUAUCUGAAAAUUGUGAAACAUAGUUAUAUGUAUGCAAGUCAAAGAUCAACUUAAUCAACUAUUGCUGCAACAGAAUUUUCGUAAUAAUUAUCUUAAAAACACCUGCUGGUACUUGGUGUGGUUAAAUAGGAAAAUGUUAUUAAAUAAAACAUUUGUAUGAAUUUUUGCCAAUGUUUGACACAUUUUACUAGAUUACUGUUAAUGAAUUAUGUUAAUGGUUUUACCAAUAUUUUUUCACACUUAAAACACUUAUUGAAAUGUUUACAAGCAAAUACAAAAAAAAAAAGUAAAUCCAUUCUAGACAUCAAUUGGUUAACUCUACAGUUCAGGAAAACUCACUGUCACUAUACACUGGUAUUCUACGUUUAACCUCACACGACAGCAUUUGGCAAAACUAACAUUGGGAAACACAAAAGUUUGGUAAAGCUUUAAAAAUUACUGAAGUACAGUUUUUGUUUCUGCUUAGUGCUGUUCCCCUGCCCCAGAUUUACCUAGUGUCAUAUAAUCAGUUACCAUUUCAUUACAGAAAUACCAGAUGUUGCACAAGAAUAAGGAAAUAACAAUACUAUUACUAUUCUUUUUUUUUAAUUUUGGAUCAACCUCUUUUUAUUUUGAUUUGGCCUAUUAGAAAAUAUUAUGUCAUAAAUGAUGUGUAAAAACCCCACAGUAUCCUACUUUAUGGCAUAAACUGUCAAUAUUUUAUGCACUUAGCAAUAUACUGAUACAGAGCAGAACUAUUUACAGUCCCAUCUGGUAUUAUGUAAAAUUACCAAUAAAAUAUUUUUGUGAAUACAGAUUUUUGCAUUUUUGUUUACAGCCAAUAAGUGUUUUGAUAUACACACAUCCAAUCCAUGUAUAGAUUGAAAUUAUAUAUUUGGUUGAGUACAAAAGUCCAUUUAGCUCCUUUCAGUGAGAUGGUCCACUUACACUCCUGUGAUUCUUUACUUUUCUUUUUUUUUUUUUUUUUUUUUUUCAUUCAAAAUACAUAAGUUUAAGCCAAUGUAAAAGUUGAAUGGACCUUUCUGGUAGUGAAUCCUAAAUUAUUCCCAACAUGUGGUACAUCUUCAUAACAGCUAAAAGAAUGGAUUUUUGUAGCCCCUGACAAUUGUGAUGUUUGGUGGUUUCUUGUAGUAAUGUAUUUUUCUGUUUUUAAUGCAGUACUUCUACAGGCACAAUAGUACUGUUCUAUUUUGUAAGAUGCUAGUUGUGAAAUACAGUUAGUUGCAUAAAAUGAAAGUCUGAUGUGAUAUCUGAGAACAUACAUACCUCAUUCCUUGGUGUUGCUAUUUAAACUUUUUAGACAUCAAAUGUUAAUUAUAGGCUAUUUCAGGUAGAUAACUACUGACCUGUUUAUUAUGUAUUCUGCUUUAUCUUACUAAAUAGGAUGUCUGUUCAUUGCAGUUACUUGGCCAAAUCUUAGUAUCUGUAAAAAAAAAAAAAGAAAAAAAGAAAAAAAAAAAGAAAGAAAAAGAAAAAAUGAAGAAAAAAAAAAGCAUUUCAAGAUUCUUAAAUGUUUUUGGGGCUGGGCUGUUGUUCUGAAUAACAUAUACUAGUUUUUAGGAAAAAAAAGUACAUGCUUCUCAAAUUUAUUUUUUUAUGUUUUAUUUUUAGGUGGGAGUAUACUGGUGUAAUGGAUUACAAGAGAGCUGAAACUGUUUAAGCAGUGUAAUGGUAGAAUCACAUAGCAAGAUGUGUCAUGAAAUGUGUUUCUGGUUUAAAUUGUAAUGAAUGCUAACACAUUUCAGUAUUCCUUGCAAACUAAUAAUAAUCUAUUGCCAGUAGUUCACUAAGUGGGAUAUUUAUUUUCAUUUAACAUUAUGUGAAUAGACCACCCAGCACUACCAACAAGGGGUCUCUUUGUAUCUUCAGAAAUAAGUAGCCAUUUGGUUUGGAAGUAAGGGAGGAUGGAGGGGACUUCAGUACGUUUCAACUGUCUCUAGAGAAUAAUCUCAUGAAUGUGGUACAAGUAUAGUCAAAAAGAAUGCAGAAAAGUCUUAUGGAAAUUGCUGUUCUUUAUGGAAUAAGAACAGAAAUGCAAUUUCUGACUACAGAUAUAACAGAUGAAAGGCAGGACAGCUAGGAUCUAAAAUUUGAGCUGUGGUGGUUCUAACUGAAAUACUGUAUAGCCAGUGUUUACGUUGGCAAUGAUACCUGCUUUGGCAUUAAACAAAGUUAAGAUAAUUUUUGUCUGUUUGUGAUUAAAGGGAUGUGACAAUACUGACAGCACAGUAGACAAAAUUCUAAGUAGAAUAUGGCAAUUUGUUCAUAAUGUUCUAAUUUAAAUGAACUUCAUUUUCAUAAUUUCUAAGUAAUUUUGACUUGCAGUAAUCCUAAGAUUUUUUUUUAAGUGUAAAUAUAUUUAAAAGCAUCUUUACUCCAUUUAUGAAAGGUGAAAAUUUAAUGUUGUAAUGUAUUUUGAUUAGCUAUUUUACUCUGUGACUGUUCUCUCCAUAAGAAUUGUUGUUUGUAAAAAUCUGUAUAUGCACCAGUCUUCAACAGCCAUACAUUCUGGGUUGCUUAUGAGGUGAUGAUGCAACAAAGGCAAGGGUGAUAAUAUUCCAUGUAAAUGAGUUCCUUUAUGUGCUGAUCGUCUGGCUUCAGUAAGGAAAAGGGGAAGGAAGUGGGGGAAAAUGGCCUAUAAUUAAUUCACUGCUAAAGUGUAUAACAGUUUGGUCCUUUAUCUUCCUAACUUUACCGCUCACUGUAGGUGGUGUAAGGAAAAGAUCACUGUUAGUAGACAGAUAUUUUCAUUUCUUCUCAAGUUAUGUUUGCAUCUCGGAAAGGAACAAAACUUGUUCUGCUUAGUUAGCAGGUUCAAGUAUGCUGUAUGAAGUCUUGAUUCUAACAGCAGUUAAAACAAAACUAAACAAAGAGAACCCUUCACCUCUCAAAGAUUCUCAGUAUUAAGGCUCUAAAUUAAGCCUGAAGUUUUAAAUUGAAGUUGAAAACUGUUUAAAGCUUCUCCAUAUAUUUCCUGUUUUGUAGCAGAUUGCAAAAUCUCAAAAAAUGUUUGGGGGUUAUAAUCUGUUCACUUCUUAAAAUACGAUGGAUAGGAUAUUUUUCAGUAGCCGUGUAAGACAAUACUUUUCAUAAUUUGUUUCCACGAGUUCUUUACAGUGGUCAGGCAAGUCUUCUCGACUAGAUAUGCAAUGGCUCUGCAUCUUAUGUUCUCUGGUUUUUCUCUCUCCUGUCUCAAAAGCACGAUGGUUUUGAGUUGCUGAUUGAUUGACUACUGCUUUGUUACACAGGAGGAAUUUGGCACUGAAUUGUCUAUUGUGUUCUUCCAUGUACAUCCAGCAUUCUUUAACCAUAUCUGCUUCUUUCUCUCUGUCACAUGCCUUUAGUUGACUCUGCUGUCAUUAGGGAGUCUUCCCUUCAGAUGUCAGAAACCAUGUGGAAAGGGAAGUGCAGAGAGUUUCUUCUCCAGCAGCAGCAAGCACUAUACUCAUAAGCUUGUCCUGUGCUAACUCAGGAAUAAGAUAGAUAAGGUACAAAGUGAAUGCUGUUUUUGGUGGUGGACCACUCGAGCAUAUUUUGCAAAAACAUUCUUCUGUUUUAAUGUUAAGAUUUGGUUGUGCUGGAAAUAGCAUUUGAGCUUUCAAAGGUUUUUCUUAACUGAAUUAUGCCCCCAACUUAUGACAGUGUUAGCUUCAAGGAGUAUAACCUCAUAAAUGGGCAAAACCUGUACCAUAAAAUCAGUCGAAUUGAGGAGAGCUUUGAUGAUUUUCUUUAGUACUGCCGAAAUUCUAACCAGGAGAUGGAGAUUUAAGAGAUUUUUCUGACACAGAUACUGAGUUUAGUUUGGUGUUAAAAAAAAAAAAAAUUAAAAAAUCAUGCUUUCAUACGAAUUUACAGGAUUUAACUAUUAAAAUAAAAAUGUACAAGUUAAUCACAUAUCAGUACUUCACAGAAAUUAUUGUAACUUCCUGUCUAGGUGGAUAUGAAUGGAGUAAAUGGUGCAACAGCAAAGAAUGGCUAGCAAAUGGUACUAUCCAACAGAAAGUGACUUGCCUUAGACUUUGUGCAGGAAGAUUGUGUUGUGUCUGUGGACAAAGCCUAGGAGCCCAUGUAUGCCCCUCGUUGCCGUUGGUUUCAAACAGUGAAAGAAAAUGCAUCCAACAAAAUAAAUUAGCUGCACAUCCUAGAGUCUUAUUUAUGCAGGAACUGUGUACAGUUGCUGUUUGAUCAUAUAGGUGAAAAAUACCUCCCUUGUAUAAUACUUAAUCCCUUGGAAGUUGAUUUCCAUCCUAAUCUUGCCCCUUUUAUUAUGGGAAAUAUAUGAAUGUCAUCCAAAAUAACUUGUUCUGUCCACUAACACAGGGGAUUGUUAAGAGUAGACAGUUUAAUGUGCACAAGAAGUUUUAGCUUUACUUUUAAGGAAUUCAGUAUGAAAGAUGAACAUCAAAAGCUCCAUAGCUCAAAUUAGUAUUCAUAAGUGUAGUGUAGUCACAAUUGAUUGCUGUGUCAUUUUGUGUUUGUAAAAGGCAAAAUGAUAAUCUAACCUAAUCACUCCUUUUUCCCCUAUGUUUGAAAAGAAAAUGACCAUCAGAGAUGAUACUUUUCUGAUAACACAAAUUUAAAGAAUUUUUCCAAGAUCCUGUUUGUUUGUUUUUCUUUUCUUUUUUUUGGAGGAGAGUAUGGUAUAUCUUGAUGGAGAUAGGAAUUUCCAAGCAAGAAAUCCUUCAGUAAUGUGUUUUCAGGAUCUGGCCCAGGUGGAAAAGAUACAUCUUUGCUUACACCAUUCUCUGUUUAUAAAUACUGAUAGUCAAAGUAGUCAAAGUGCUUGCAAAGUGAACAAGCUCCCUUAACAUUAAAAUCUUCAUUGUUGCUUGAGGCCAACUGAUCUCUAAUUUGCAGAGGACAUAUGAGAAGAUAAGGAAAAGAGCACGCUGAUCUGUUUUUGCAUAACCUGCUAACUGUGUGUCAUAAUGUACCUUGUGUGAAGAAGCAAAAGUGUACUUGAACAGAAUGUAUGUAAGCAGCACUGAUGGGAUCUGGCUCUCUAUUCCCUUCUCAAAUGCACCAGUCUACUAGCUGCAAAUUCUGCUGGUUCAGAGGUAGUCAUGGGUGCUUGAUUGGUCACUAAAGCAUCAGUUAGUUAAGGCAAAUCAGUGAUCAGGCCAAGAUUCUACUUUCUGAACAUCCACUUUGGGACUACAGAUAUCUAAACUGUAAUUGAUCCGCAAUUGAUACACAACUGCCAUCCCUGAGCAUGAAAUAAUCUGUGUCUAGCUGAUGCUUCUUUGCAGAGAAUAAAUCAGAGUGCUUCAGUGUGAAGCCCAGUUCUCUUACUGUAACAGCCUUCAGCUGUGAAUUAAUCUAACCAAGGAAAAUCUCUUGAGAUUACAUGUGUUUGUCUUACCUCUGAAGGGAAUGCAGAAUUCUGAUUCUUUCUGUCUUUAUUGAGGUACAUCUACAGGGUAACUGGAUGCAGUGAUUUUGAAAUAAUUUAAUACGUGACAUUUCUAAAUAGGAAAUGUACUGCUAUUCACAGUUUUUCAGCUGUAUCUUGGUUUCUGUAAGACUGUCAGUGCUAUAUGGAGCUUGGAGACCAUCUAUCAGUAUUGUCAGUCAUCCAUGUCUCUGCAUUAUUGACGUAGUGAAGAUAUUUUUGCUGAACAAACUUAGUCUAAUCCUGUAGCAUUCAAGCAUUCUGGUGGAGGUAGCUGGCUUUCUGGGAUGCCAAUACUGGUCUUCAUACCUAUAUUUCUGCAAAGGGUCUGAUUCUGUUGUGGGGCUUCCAAAUGCAGAGGAAUAAGCUAAAUGCUUUCCCACUGAUGGAGGUGUAACGCUGCUAGGUAACUAGAUCUGAAGGUUUUUUU